GUAGAAGUUUGUCCCAUCUCGCACGCCGUAGGGCAGCUUACAGUCGCACGGGUUCACUCUGCGCUAAAAUUUCCUCUUUCUGCUAAAAAUGUUGAGCUUUCUUGUGAUUUUGUGCUCGCUCCUGGCCGCCUGUAGGUCCAGCGUGUGUCCGUGUGAGAGACCGGAGCUCUGCCAGCAGAUCCGCGAGGAGAAAGACUUCGAGGUGUUUAUAUUUGACGUGGGUGGAAAGACAUGGAAAUCCUACAACUGGAGCAUGGUAACAACAGUGGCAGUGUUUGGAAAAUAUGAUGCUGAGCUCAUGUGUUACGCUCACUCCAAAGGUGCACGGGUCGUCCUCAAAGGUGACGUCCCCCUCUCCUACAUUGUGGACCAGGACAACAGAACUGCGUGGAUAACAGACAAGGUCAUGUUGGCCAAGAGUCAGUUUAUGGAUGGGAUUAACAUAGACAUUGAACAAGCUGUGGAAGAGGGCUCAUCAGAGUACUAUGCCUUAACAUCUCUGGUCAAAGAGACCACUGAGAUGUUUCACAGGGAGAUCCCAGGUUCUCAGGUGUCAUUUGAUGUUGCUUGGUCACCAAAAUGCAUUGAUAAGCGCUGCUAUGAUUACGUAACUAUUGCCGAAUCCUGCGACUUGCUGUUUGUGAUGUCCUAUGACGAGCAGAGCCAGAUCACCGGCGACUGCAUUGCAAUGGCAAACGCUCCUCUCCGUCAGACACUCGAUGCUUAUGACCAGUAUUUGAAUCUGAAGAUCAGUCCAAAGAAGAUAGUGAUGGGAGUGCCAUGGUACGGCUAUGACUAUCCAUGCCUCAACUUUUCCCAGGAGGGAGUGUGCUCUAUAGAGAAAGUGCCUUUCCGUGGAGUUCCUUGCAGCGAUGCUGCUGGAAAACAGAAACCUUACAAGUGGCUCAUGAAGCAGGUCAACAGCUCGAUGUCAGGCAGGCUCUGGGACGACGAGCAGCAGGCUCCCUACUUCAAUUACAAGGACCAGAAUGGACAAAUCCAUCAAGUUUGGUACGAUGACCCACAGAGUAUUUGCCCAAAGGCGGAUUCGGUGAUGUCUAAGGACCUGAGAGGUAUUGGCAUGUGGAACGCCAACAUCUUGGACUACAGUGAUGAUCCGGAUGCCAGGCAACAGACAACAAUGAUGUGGAACGCUCUUUUAGGAUGCUAGCCGUGCACGUGACGAAGCUGCAGAAGUUUCCACCAUCCCAGAGCCCGCUUCUGGUUGUUGCUAAGUCAACACCUCCCUUUGUAGCAGUAAAGGGGGUGUUGUGGACUCGGGGAGGCAUACUUGCACUUGAGAGUUAAUUGUUUCUUUUAUUGCUGCUGCCUUUGA